AAUGUCUGGAUUCUGUACAGAUUUGGAUGAAGAAAGUGUUAAGCAGUCUCAAAUAUAUUAUACAGAGUUAUUAUCCUCCCUCUCGGAACGUUAUGACUCUUUUCAUAAAAUAAUUUAUCAAACAAUUUGUAUUUUGGGGGUUAUUGCAAAUAUUUGUGUUGUUGUUGUUUUAUUAAGGCCUACAAUGAGAAAAAACCCGUUCAACCUUUUUCUGAUCGGUAUUGCAAUUUGUGAUAUGUCGCUUAUGGCUUCCUAUUUUAUUUACAAACAAAUUGAACUUUGUCAUCCACUUUAUUUUACCUUUACUUGGAUUGUGUUCACCUAUUCUUAUGCUCUUUUUUCGGUUUUAUUUCACUCUGCUUCUCUUUGGAUUACUGUUAAUAUGGCUGUUUUAAGGUAUCUUGUGUUAAAAAGCAGCUCAAAUUCGUCGAGAAAUUGGCCUCGUUUAAAUACUUAUAAGGCUGCAUCUUUUUCAAUUGUUGCUGCGAUAUUAAUAGCAGCUGUUGGUUCCGCGCCUAAUAUGCUUAGAUAUCAGAUAUUUUACAAGGGUGAAUUACCCGCACCCGAUGUUUGCAAGGCUAAUGGUUCAAAGUUUGCCUCGUUUUACGAAAAACCUGAUUCUAAUGUAUCUGCCUAUAUUUUAGCUCAACCAAGUUUUUGGAAUUGUACUUGGGAGCGUUUUAGCUUUUGGAUAGCUGGUCUUCUUCUAAAAUUAGUGCCUUGCCUUUUAUUAACUAUUUUUAUGACUUUACUUGUUCGAAUGCUUGUUGAAGCACGUGAGAGAAGAAAUCGCCUCCAUAGUGGGAAACAAUCAACACUUUCUUCUUUACCAACCCAAACUAAUAAUGGAAGAGACAAAUCCGUUGGAAAUGAAAAGGGUGCUUCGGGUAGUGGAAAUUCUUCCAAAGUGCAAGCUGAGAGAACAACAGCAAUGUUGACUAUAAUUGUUGCCGUUUUUCUCAUUACCGAACUUCCACAAGGCAUACUUGUUAUUUGGAUGGGUAUUAAACCACAAGUAAAAAAUAAUUUUAAAAAACUCCUAAAAACAAAAUUAAAGGUUCGCUUUGCAAUGGCACAAUUAUCAAAUAUUCUAGAUUUUCUUUCUUUGCUUAAUUCUUCUGUUAAUUUUUUACUUUAUGCUACAAUGUCCAAUUUGUUUAGACACGAAUUUUUACAGACUUUUGGUCAAUGCUGCCCCAAACGAUUUUUUUCGUUAUUUAAUUCAAAGAAAAAACGUGGGGGCUCUACUGACAGAUCUUCAAUUCCUAAUAUUAAUAAUAAAAGUGGUGGGCGUAAUAAUGCUGCACAUCGUGAAAUACAAACAAUGGCAAUAAAAUUAGUGAGGAAAUAUUUGUUUUUUUAAAU